AUGGAAGGAAUGAGAUGCUUUCGAAAGCUUCUUCUUGCGAGCAACUCGACGUUCAACGAACGAAGAAGCAUUUUACUAAGGGAAAUACACAUGCACGGCACGUACUGUAUCAUAUUACAUUUUAUAUCGACGACAAAUCGCAAGCGUGUUCGUUGCUUAAUUCCAAUUAUCAAUCGUCUUACGUAAGGCUCGAUUUACACACGAUUAGCACCUUUUCGUUUUACUUUGCAAAUCCUUUUUCUUUCUUUCUUUCUUUCUUUUUCGUGGAUGUCAUUUUGAUUCGUUGGACAAUAUUAAAAGAUUCGAUUAAUUAAUUCCUGUUGAAGUAAACUGAUAAUCUAAUAUGUACAAUAAUAAUAACAAUAAUAAUAAUACUAUUAACAACGUUAUCAUUAGCAUUCAUGGAGACUAAACUUUUAAUUUUGAGAUUAAACUCCAUCAUCUUACCAGCUUGUACUAACAAAAAUAACGCAGUUUUUAAAUAAAAUUGGCUACCGCGAUCGUACUGUUACAUUCGACUUCCCUUUCGAAUUUAACAAUCGAUCUAACAAUUCCAUUAUACAAUACAGACACUGCGUUCGCCAGUUACGUCGGAUUUUUAUAUUAACAAUUCAUUAUAGUACGCGUCUGUCUCUUCGCCGAUUCUAGAUUAAAAUAAGCAAACAAGCGUUGUUUCCUCGUGGUACAUACACACAGUCUUAAAUUUGUCUCACUCUCGCUCUCCGUUCUAACCUUAAAACAUUUUUACCAGCCAUACACACUUUUUAUUUCUUCUUCUUUGUUUUUUCUUACGCAAUUAGGCAUAUUCGUUUGUUGAAAUGGUUUAUCGUUUACGAUUUUCUCGAUUUACUUUUACAUGUUACACGAUAAAUAUUAAAUGUGAUUCUUUUUUUUUUUUCUUCGCUUGUAAGUGUUGCAUAUACCGUUACGUACUAUUAUAACACGGAUUCUGGCUUCUCUUGUUCUUACGAACAAGUAAUUAUAUCCGCGUGAUAUGGUUCGCUUUGUUCGUGUUUACUUCUUUUUUUUUCCAUUUUCGUUUUUUCUCUUUUUUUUUUUCGUUUUCUUUUGGUUCCAGUUCUUUUUUUUUUUUUUUUUUUAUAUCUUGGUUUCAAGUGGUCCGUAAAUUUCGUGCUCGACGCGUGAUAAGGCCCUAAAUGUACAUUCAAAAAAUUCAUAAAAACUUCUCGGCAGUAACGAUGGAUAGACACGUACGAAUCAUUCGAUAUAACACAUUUCCGGUUCGUGGUACGUUUAACGUCGGAACAGUGACAAUACGUCGACCAGAAAAUAUCUAGUUCGCACGAUCUGUGUUUCCUUUCGCCAAGAAAUGGUCAGAAAAGAAAAGGUUAUAAUAAUAAAGAUAAAAAAAUGGCACUCCGAGGUUGCUGACAAAUUUAUAAUAAAAAGAAAAAAGAACAAAGCAACAGAAAUAACAGAGUAGGCAGAAUCGAGGUUAAUGAUUUAAAAAUGCGAUGAUACUCUGCUUUGAACUCUAUAAAGUUCAGAGUACUCUAGACUCUACAAAAUUCAAUUCAAUUUAACGCGUGUUUUCAUGAAUUUUCAUGAAUUUCAGAGUUGCAAACACGUAAGGAAGAUUUAAUUUUUGAACCGAAGUGUUCAAAUUCGUUGCACCAGGCGAUGGAAGUAAAAAAACUUCGCGAGAGAACUACAUUAACAGGAAUACAAACGUAGAAGACGGUUCUGGUAAGUACAUCUUUGUAAAAAUUCUGCGAAGCACAAAAUAUUUGCUUGAAUUAUUAUCUCUUCGCGUAUUGGAAUAAUGAAAAACCUAAUUCGAGGACGGUAAUUUUCAUCGAGCUAGAAUCGAAAAAGCACCUCCUGUACGACAAAUGAGGUAACACUGCAAUUUUGAAAUUUUCUUUCGCAGACUGAAUUUCGUAGUUCAAUUAUUCUACUCGUUUUGCUUUCAGUUCAAUUCGUACGUGUCUGAAAGAUAACAAAGCUGCAUAUUACGUCGCACUCUUGCAUGUAAUCGUUGGGAAAUUAUUUACAUUAAAAGUCGAUCUCGUUAUAUAUAUAUAUAUAUAUAACCAGGUCCGGAAUGACACAUUUCGGAUAGUGUUCAAGUUCACCGAAACGAAAUUGCAGCUAAAGCCAAUACGGAUCAUCCUGUAG